UAAUAGGUAGGACUAAGUGGUGCACUUGAGACAUUAUGUGGACAAGGAUAUGGAGCAAAGAUGUAUAGAAUGAUGGGAUUUACCUCCAGACUUCUUGCAUCAUAUCACUACUUUUCUCUGUUAUAAUUUCUGUAGUUUGGUGGUUUUCUGAACAUAUACUUAGUUCUACUCAAACAAGAACCUGAAAUAGCAAAACUGGCCGGCCUCUACCUCAAGUUUCUCAUACCUGGAUUAUUCGCCUAUGGUUUUCCUGCAAAACCUGCUCAGGUUUAUGCAGACACAGAGAGUUGUUUUGCCUCUGGUCUUGAGCUCAAUUGUUCCACUGGCUAUCCAAAUCGGGCUCACUCACGUUUUGGUUCGGUUAACGAGUCUCGGUUUCGUUGGCGCUACCGUUGGCUGCCUCGAUUUCGUUGUGGAUAUCGUUUUCUUUGUUGGGUUUCUAUGUGUUGUAUUCGGAGAAGUUCAAGAAUACAUGGAGAGGGAUUUUCUUCUGAAUCAUUUCUUCAUCUCUUUAGUACUAUGAAGCUGGCUUUGCCUUCUGCUGCUAUGGUGUGUGUGGAGUAUUGGGCUUUCGAGGUUCUAGUCUUGCUGGCAGGCCCUUAUGCCCAAACUCGCAGAUAAACAACUUCACUUAUUGGAAUGUGUGUGAACACCGAAGCCAUUGCCUACAUGAUCGCAUAUGGUCUUAACGCAACUGCAAGCACAAGAGUGUCCAAUGAGUUGGGAGCGGGGAAACCCGAGCGAGCUAAGCAUGCGGUGAGAGUGACUUUCAUGCUGUCUUUCAUUCUGGCUUCGGCAACGGCUCUUUCUCUGAUCAUCGGUCGCAAUGUUUGGGCUGGCCUCUUUAGCAAUAGUUCUGUUGUCAUAUCAAAAUUUGGUUCAAUGACACCCUUUCUGGUUAUGUCAUUCAUCUUUGAUUUUUUCCAAGGAAUCUUAUCAGCGGUGGCUAGGGGAUGCGGAUGGCAGCACUUGGCCGUGUGCAUAAACUUGGGAUCAUAUUAUGUCGUUGGGUUGCCCAUUGCAGCACUAUUGGCUUUCAAGUUCCAUCUCUAUGCUAAGGGAUUGUGGAUUGGGUUGAUAUGUGGUCUGGCUUCUCAGUCAUGUGGUCUGUUGUUGCUGUCUAUCUUCACUAAGUGGGACAGAGUGGAGAUCUCAACUAGCUCUGAUGAAGAGAAAGCAUUGCAUGCUUGAAUCAAUAUGAGGCUUCCAUAUAUAUGGAUUAGAAGUUUAGAACUACUAUCAUCUUGUAUUCUUGUAGGACAUAUAGAGAAAGAAAGCAAAACAUAGCAAUCUCCAUCCCUUGAUGAAAAUUUAAUUGUACUUUCGUGUACGGUGUAUGGCUUCAUAACUUUUUUUAAUGAAUCUCUAAAGAAAAUACGAAGCGGCUUUGUGUACAUGACGGAGGUGUUCAUGCUCAUUGUUUAUGCCACAAACAAUUUGGUACCAUUUUAAAUCCAAAAU